AUAUGGCUGUGAAAUAUGGUGUUCCGGCAAGACGCAAAAAGGGUUCCGCAUUAUAAAUACCACUUUAUCGCAUCAUUUGUUCUCAAUGUGUGUACGAGCAGCAAAAUGACAUCGACGCCGACGAGGACCAAUAUUUCAAAGUGUGAGUGGUUGUUAAACGAAAUUCGAGAGUAUGUGCCAAACGGGUACACGAUCAUGUACCCGUGUGCACAUAAUCUGGUUUAUGAUGAGAGGCGCGACAUUCUACUAUUUAUAGACCCCUUUUUUGGAGAUUACUAUAUAUGGGUUUUUACGAAUUCAGAACCCUCAGGAAGGGGAGUAGCAUUUGUGCGUGUAGGACCAAGAUACCAAUCACCUCGUCAAAGGAACUGCUACAAUCAAAAGCGUUGACAUCAGUCGUCCUCCUCGUCCUUCAAAAAAACUAAUGCAGAAG